ACGCCAUUUUCCAAUUUGCCAUUUUUAUAAACAAAGUGCUUGCGGACGGAUGCCGUGCUGCCGAGUCGUCCGUGUUAUUUCACUCCACUGACGAACAUGUUCAACGCCGAUGUCUGGAAAUUGUGGGAAAGAAGCGGAAAAUCCGAGUUCUUGAAGCAAUGCAAGGCACUUCUGAAGGACGAUCAGCAGAGCCCACUGUUUGGGAAGAACGAGCGCAAGAAUGGCAUCUCCCGGGCGAUCUACGAGCUCAUCUCGCGGGGCAUACACGGCCAGCUGAAGAAGGAUAGUGUGCUGCAGAUGCUCGGGGAGCUUGUGAGUCUCCACAAUGACGUGCCCUCCAUACUGCUGGAUGUGUUCGGGAUCUUCGACGCGGAAACUGCCGGCACCGGUGGCGACGCUCCGCCGAGCGAGGAGCGUUCCAUGUUUUGCUACAUCGUGAAGGAAACGGAACGGUUUCUGUCGGAAAAGCUGCUUAAGGAACGGCUGGAGAUCGACACGCUGCAGGACGUGGGCACAAUCAAGAAUCGUAGUUUCUACACACGAUUUAUCAAAGUGAAAACAAAGCUCUAUUACAAGCAGCGUCGGUUUAAUCUGUUCCGCGAGGAAAGCGAAGGCUAUGCGAAACUCAUCACGGAACUGAACCAGGAGUUCAAUCAGGACACGAUGACGGUACAGAGCGUGCUGGAAAUUAUCAAAUCACUAAUCGGCUGCUUCAAUCUCGACCCGAACCGGGUGCUGGACAUUAUACUGGAAUCGUUCGAAGCGCGCCCGGAGCAGGAUCGAAUUUUCAUCCCGUUGCUGCAGGCCUACAUCAACGAUGGAAACAUUAUUUGCGAAGUGCUCGGGUACAAGUACCGCUACUUUGCGGAUGUCCAGACGCCGGGUUCAUUGUUCAAGGUGACCGCCCUGCUGCUGCAGCACCGUGUGAUUAUGCUGGACGAUAUAUAUGCGUGGUUAAAUCCACCGGACAAAACAAUCGUAGCGGACUGGGAAGCGGAAAUGACGCAGGCGAAAGAGUACGUCCGGAAGCUUAACAUUAUCCUCACCAACAAGGACAAGGAACCGGAGCAGGAGCCCGAGUUCGAAACGGCACCGGAGAAGUACGCGCUCAACCAGAAGUGGGGUCUGUGCGAAGCGAUGCUAAUGAUCGGUGACUGGAGCACGGCCCAGCAGCUGAUCCGCAAGCUGCCGGACCAGUCGGUCAUGGUGCACGAACCGAUCGCGCUAGCACUGUGCCGACUGCUGCACAUGAUCAUUGAACCGGUGUACAGGCUAAAGUGUGCCCUGCCGGCCAAUAUCAAGGGCCGUGCCAUUUCGACGUACGGCGUGCUAAACAAGCUCGCGCCACCCCCCGUUACAACGCUGACCAAGCUUCGUCUGCAUGCAUUCCCCAUGUUUACCGCCCUCGGGCCAUCGUUGCACUACGAUUCGGUGCUGCUGUACAAGUUGCUGCGCCUGAUGCGCGUCAUUCUGACCGACAUGAACGUGGAUCCGCUGAACCCGCCGGCCCCGGGCAGUACGUUGACCGAGCACGAGCAGCUUUACUACGACAUUCUGACGCUGCUGGACGCUGCCGUGCUGCCGGCGCUGGCGUACAUGGAUUGCAAUUGCUGUGUGGCGGAAGAGAUCUGGUCCAUCGUGAAGCUGUACCCGUACCAGUACCGGUACAGCUUGUACGCGCGCUGGAAGAACGAUACCUUUCAGCUGCAGCCCCAGCUGAUUCACCGACGCGGGACGGCUCAAAAGCAAAUCAAAGCGCUCAUGAAACGGGUCAGCAAGGAGAACAGCAAACCGGUGGGCAGGCUGAUCGGAAAGCUUAGCCACUGUUCGCCCGGAUUCCUGUUUGAAUACAUUCUGCUGCAGAUACAGAUCUACGACAAUCUGAUCGCACCGGUGGUCGAUUCGCUCAAGUAUCUCACCUCACUGUCGUACGACGUGCUCGGCUACUGUUUGAUCGAAGCGCUCGAGCAGGUCGAUCGGAAUCCGAUGCAAAACGACGGCACGAGCAUCUCGCUGUGGCUGCAAAGUUUGGCCAACUUUUGCGGUGCCAUCUACAAGAAGUACAACAUCGAGCUGAGCGGGCUGCUGCAGUACGUCGCGAACCAGCUCAAAUCGCACAAAAGUCUCGACCUGCUCAUCCUGAAGGAGGUGGUGCAGAAGAUGGCCGGCAUCGAGGCGGCGGAAGAGAUGACGAACGAGCAGCUGCAGGCGAUGUGCGGUGGCGAGCUGCUGCGCGGUGAGGCUGGCUACUUCAGCCAGGUGCGCAACACGAAAAAGUCUUCACAGCGGCUGAAGGAGGCGCUGGCCAGCAACGAUCUGGCGGUGGCGUUGUGCUUGCUGAUAGCGCAGCAGAAACACUGCGUUAUCUAUCGCGAGACGGCCCAGAGCCAUUUGAAGCUGGUGGGCAAGCUGUACGAUCAGUGCCAGGAUACGUUGGUACAGUUCGGGACGUUCCUUGGGUCGACGUACUCGGUGGAGGAGUACGUCGAGCGGCUGCCGACCAUCCACAACAUGCUGCAGAAGUACCACAUACACUCGGAUGUGGCAUUCUUCCUGGCCCGUCCAAUGUUUUCCCACGCAAUCAAUCAAAAGUACGACCAGUUGCGUAAAGCGGAACCGAACGGGAAGAAGCUGUCCACCUCGCAGAAGAUGGCCAAAUACCUCGAAGCAACGGCGCAGGUCAUGAACCCGGUCAUCGAAUCGGUUCGACCGCUGCAUCCACCGAAGAUCUGGGAGGACAUCAGCCCCCAGUUUCUGGUCAGCUUUUGGUCGCUGUCGAUGUACGAUCUGCAGGUGCCGAUGGAGAGCUAUCAGCGCGAGAUCAGCAAGCUCAAGCAGCUUUCGCUGGCGGUCAUGGAGUCGAAGGAGCAGAACGCGUCCAAAAACAAGAAGGAGCAGGAGCGGUACGUUGCGCUGAUGGACAAGCUGCAGGACGAGCGGAAGAAGCAGCAGGAGCACGUCGACAAAAUAAUGCACCGGUUGGCGAGCGAGAAGGACUACUGGUUCCUGUCCCGGUCGGCGAAAUCGGCCAAAAACGAAACCAUCACCCAGUUCCUGCAGCUGUGUCUGUUCCCGCGCUGCACGUUCACCGCGCUGGAUGCGAUCUACUGUGCCAAGUUCGUGCACACCAUCCACAAUCUGAAAACGGCCAACUUUUCCACCCUGCUCUGUUACGAUCGGAUAUUCUGCGACAUUACGUACUCGGUCACGUCCUGCACGGAGAACGAGGCGACCCGGUACGGCCGGUUCCUGUGCGCGAUGCUGGAAACGGUGAUGCGUUGGCACUCGGAUGAGGCCACCUUCAACAAGGAGUGCGCCAACUACCCGGGCUUUGUGACCAAGUUCCGCGUCAGCAACCAGUACUCGGAGGCGAUCGACCAUGUCAACUACGAAAACUAUCGGCACGUGUGCCACAAGUGGCACUACAAAAUCACCAAAGCGAUGGUGUUCUGUCUCGACUCGAAGGAUUACAUGCAGAUCCGCAACUCGCUCAUCAUACUGAUGCGCAUCCUGCCCCACUUCCCGGUGCUGACGAAGCUGUCGCAGAUACUCGAGAAGAAGGUGGAGAAGGUGCGCGAGGAGGAGAAGAACCAGCGGCAGGAUCUGUUCGUGCUCGCGUCCAGCUACAUCGGCCAGCUGAAAGCGAAGGCGGGCCAGAUGAUGCUGGAAUCCGAUUUCCAUCAGGUGCCGGAGAAGACGUUUAAGGCGGCCACGGCGACCGCAACCGCAGCAACCACCACCGCAGCCGAUCAGCAGCAGCAGCAGCAGCAGCAGAGUACGAAAUCAUCCGUCAAUGGAAAUGACGUUAAAGGUGGACAGAGCAGUACAAGGCAGGCGGGCACUGGAAGCAGCAAUUCCGGCACAUCGAACGGUACAAUCGCUAGCGCACCGGGCGGAAACUCAAUCUCUUCCUCAUCCUCUAGCUCAGUAGGUGCAACGGCGAACGGUAGCAUCGGUGGCGGCGGCGGCGGCAGCGAUCAUCAUCGCGCUGUCGACGCGGCCAAGAAGGAACCAUCAUCGUCCACGGCGUCAUCCGGUGCGCGGGAAAGCGUUGGAGGAUCGUCUUCGUCCACCCGCGAACCUUCCGUCUCGAUGGCGCGCGAAAAGUCUUCGAAAGAGAUCAAGCGCGAGGAGCGCGCCAGAGAGAAGGAGCGGGAGCGCGAGGAAGCGGCCGCCGCUGUGGCGGCACUUGCAACGGAUCGUAAGCGGGAAAAGGAGAAGCGACGGGACAAACGAGAUCAUUACAACCACGAGCGUGAAUCGAGAACCAGCGAGAGAGACCUAGCGCCACGGGAUCGCAGCGAGCGGGAUUUAAGCUCGGUGUCCAACUCGAGCAAUGAGCAGCAGCACAGCAGUACGCGACGCAGCCAGGAUCCGCCCGAACAUGAUAGAGAGAUGAAGCGCCGCAAGCUGGAAGGCUCUAGCUCCUCGAAGAGCAAGCACGACGAUGGUAUCGGCAGCUCCGGCCAGCAGCUACUGUCCGAGUCGAAAAAGGAGCGCAGCAGCAAAACGAAGGAAAAGCGCGACAAGACUGACGAGGAGAAGGAACUCCGCAAGGAGCGCAAGCUGGGCCGCAAACGGCAGGAACGCAAUCCGGAAGACGCGCUCCUAACGGACAAACGGUUGCGCCGGGAGGAGGAAAAGGCGAGCAAGCUGCUCGCCCACCAGAACGGUGACAAUGACGGGGAUCUGCCGCUGAUGUCCGUGUCGUCGUCGUCGUCGCACCGGGACAAGCACCAUCAUUACCAUCUGCGGGAAUCGUCGCCCUCGUACUACCCGAGCAGCAGUAGCGGUGGUGGUGGUGGCGGUGGUGGCGGGAGUGGUGGUGGUGGUAGCGGUGGCAGUGUGUUGCGGGAUCACCGUGAACGAUCGCACGACCGUGGUUUGGAUCGGGGCGAGAAGCAGUACUUUACGAAGACUUCCCGCACACGUUCGGGCUACUAGAACGGGGGGGAGCAUUGAUGUGUGUUGUAAAAAGAAGCGAGAGGGAAAGAGCAGAACAGUACAGACAAAGAUCACAAAGUUGGAGGGGAAUGAAAUGAUUUUAAAUAAAAAAACAAAACAGCCUUCGUUACGGAUCACUUUACACAGGUUCUGAAUUUAGAGUUUGAUUUGGCACGCGAGCUCUACACCUGGUUGGGACUUGGUGAGGUUAGGUAAAGUUGUAUUAAAUGGAGUCCUGUCGUGUAAUUAAGCAUUCGAUUGUAUGCACUAGUAGCUAGCGGAAGACUGGAUCCUCAGAGAUCCAACAGCAAACCAACUCAGCGUAUUUUAAUUGAUCUUAACUGUGUUUGUGCCGCCGUGAAGAUCACCCGAACUCGGCCGGUGCUCAGGGAAGAAAUCUUUGUAAAGUUCAAUUUUACCUCUUGAGUUGAGUGUGCGUGAGAGAGAAGAAAAGAAAGAGAGCCAGAAGUAAUUGAAUUCGCUAUACACUACACAAACGGCACGGAAGGAGCUAGCGAUAUUGUAUAUUUUAAGCUAGACACACGAUGUAAUGAAGGUAGAGCAACUACUAUAAUAAAACGAUAAACAUUCUAGAGUUUAAAGACCAA